GUUCUGCUGACAUCUUUGAUGGAGCUGGUCGUGCACGGUUGGAAAUCCGAUAAUGGAUUUCGAUCUGGGUACCUCAAGAAGCUGGAGGAUGAUCUACGUCGUGAGUUCCCUACAACUGAUCUGAAGGCUAGUCCUAACAUCACUUCAAAGCUACAAGCUUGGAAAAAGAGUUACAACUCUCUGCAGCAUAUCCUACAGCUAAGUGGAGUGGGAUUUAACCUGAAUGGAGAUCACAAAAUCGAUUGCGAUGACGAAAUGUGGAGACAAAUUGUGAAGAAUGACCCGAAUGCUAGGUUGAUUCGUGGGAAAUCAUGGCCUUACUACGAUGCUUGGAAGGAGAUUUUUGGCAAUGAUAGAGCCAAUGGGGAGGGGGCUGAGGACAUAUUGGAAGCUGUUAAUAACAUAUCUAUUCAACAAAACCUAGGGGGAUUCGGUGCAAGCAAUGACUAUAGUGGGAGCUUUGGUGAUUUCUUCAUGCACAACCAAGUGCCUGACCAACAGUCCCCCAAUGGAGAAUCUGACAGUGUGUAUAGCACCCCGCGUGAAACAACUUCGCAAAAGAAAUCUGGUAAAAAGCGAAAGGCUUGGAGUGAGAUGGAUAGCUUGAUCGAGAUGCUGGGAAAGAUGCAUGAUGCAACCAAUGAUCGUCUUCAAUGCUUGGCUAACCGCAUAGGAUAUGAGUUUGACCUCACUAAAGCACGUAAGGAGGUGUUUGAUCUGGUUGGAGUUGUUCCGGGGCUGGCCAUUAGGCAACAGUUUCUUGUUUGUGGGUAUAUACUCGAUAAGGUGGAGCGUCUUGACUUCUUCAUGGGUCUGCGUGAGGAUGCAAAAAAGGAGUAUGUGCUCAUGGUGUUGGAGGAGGUCCUGCAGAAGUGAAGUAUGUUUUCAUGACAGUAACUUGGCUAUGGAUAGCAGUAUAUGGUAAUGGGUAGUAGUAUGUGGUAAUGGGUAGUAGUAUGGUGUUGGUAAUGUGUGUAGAAACACUAGCUAUUUUGUCUUUUGUCUAAUUAUCUAUGGUUGGUGCCCCAAGCAUGCCUAAUUAUCUUUUGUAAGCAUGAGCUUAGGGGAUUAGCAAUAUUUUGCCUAUGGUGUGAUGGACUAAUGUAAAUAUUCGUAAUGUAAUGUAAA